CUUCCAGUGAGAAAGCAGAGAUUCAGGCUCCUGCAGGCUGCGGCGUUGUCAGUCCCCCACCCCUCGCCGCUGCGCAUGCUUCCUGGGUUGAUUUGCUCGUUGUAAGGCGGAGCGAAAGGACAGAUUUUCUUCUUGUUCCCGCCCCUCUUCUUUCCUCACCUGCCACGUACUGGGCCCGAGCUCUCGCUAGGCUUGGUGGGUCCGUGCGAUUGGCCGGGGCCCGCGCGAGCCUGCCAGCGAGGUGCAGCGGCCCCGGAGGGCAACCGAGUGGGCCGUGACAGUAGCCUUCCCCCAACGCCCCAGAGCCCGGCGGUGGCGGCCUCGCACCGGUUGGAUCAGCAGAGACCUGCGGAGGGGCGGCAGCGGCGGCCUCGGGAAGCCGAGUUGUAUAUAUAGAACAUCCUGGAGUCCACCAUGAAUGGGCAGUUGGAUCUGAGUGGGAAGCUAAUCAUCAAAGCUCAACUGGGAGAGGAUAUUCGACGAAUUCCCAUUCAUAAUGAAGAUAUUACUUAUGAUGAAUUAGUGCUAAUGAUGCAGAGAGUCUUCAGAGGAAAACUUCUGAGUAAUGAUGAAGUUACAAUAAAAUAUAAAGAUGAAGAUGGAGAUCUUAUAACAAUUUUUGAUAGUUCUGACCUUUCCUUUGCAAUUCAGUGUAGUAGGAUACUGAAACUGACGUUAUUUGUUAAUGGCCAACCAAGACCCCUUGAAUCAAGUCAGGUGAAAUAUCUUCGUCGAGAACUGAUAGAACUUCGAAAUAAAGUGAAUCGCUUAUUGGAUAGCUUGGAACCACCUGGAGAACCAGGACCAUCCACCAACAUUCCUGAAAAUGAUACUGUGGAUAGUAGGGAAGAAAAGCCUGCUGCUUCUGAUUCUUCUGGGAAACAGUCUACUCAGGUUAUGGCAGCAAGUAUGUCAGCUUUUGAUCCUUUAAAAAACCAAGAUGAAAUCAAUAAAAAUGUCAUGUCAGCAUUUGGCUUAACAGAUGAUCAGGUUUCAGGGCCACCCAGUGCUCCUGCCGAGGACCGUUCAGGAACUCCCGACAGCAUUGCUUCCUCCUCCUCUGCUGCUCACCCGCCAGGAGUUCAGCCACAGCAGCCACCAUAUACAGGAGCUCAGACUCAAGCAGGUCAGAGUGAAGGUCAGAUGUACCAGCAGUACCCGCAGCAGGCUGGCUAUGGCACUCAGCCACAGGCGCCGCCCCAGCCGACGCAGCAGUACGGUAUUCAGUAUGCAGCAGGCUACAGUCAGCAGACUGGACCCCAGCAACCUCAGCAGUUCCAGGGAUAUGGCCAGCAGCCAGCUUCCCAGGCACCGGCUCCUGCCUUCUCUGGUCAGCCUCAGCAACUUCCUGCUCAGCCGCCGCAGCAGUACCAGGCGAGCAGUUACCCUCCACAGACCUACACUACCCAGACUUCUCAGCCCACUAAUUACACUGUGGCCCCUGCCUCACAACCUGGAAUGGCUCCAAGCCAACCCGGGGCCUAUCAACCAAGACCGGGUUUCACUCCACCUCCUGGGAGUACCAUGACCCCUCUUCCGAGCGGGUCAAACCCUUACGCACGUAGCCGUCCUCCCUUUGGUCAGGGCUAUACCCAACCUGGACCAGGUUAUCGAUAAGGAGGCUCAGUUAGUUACACUGAUGAAUGUAGCUGCUAGCUGUUUGCCUCCCAAAAGACUCCAGUACUACUAUUUUAAUUAGUAUUGAAGUUCAGAAGUUUAAAAAGCAGAGCAUUUUUUUAUGAUAUCAUUGUUGCUGUUAAUUGAAAGUUAAUUUGCUGGAAGAAAAAAAAGACCAAAAUGAAAGUUUUUUUCCUCCCCUGCUUAAAAUUGUAGCAGCUCCCUAGUUAUUUUGGAACACUACUCUUACAUGUGUGCAAAGUGAUUGAUUGAUUGACUUUCUAGCUUGCCUUGUCCAGAGGAUAUUAAAAUGCUAGGUUGAAGUUCAGCCAUCUUACUUGGCUUUUUACUAUUAACAUGAUGUACUAAAGUAAAGUAGAUCCCUUUGCGAAGACUAGAUAUUAUGUAUAAAUGUAACAAACAAACAAACAUUGAUGAUAGGUUAAUAAAGAAAGAUGAUUGACUCCA